CAAGAAACCCCAACAUGAAAAUCUUCUUAGCAGUUAUUACUGUGCUAGCCUUGAUCAGCUCCUCUUCAGCCAUAACAUAUAACCGUUGUUCUUUGGUACGGGCAAUGCGUAAUAUAGGUGUACCUUUCGAUCAAUUGGCACGUUGGGCUUGCAUUGCUGAACGUGAAUCGAGUUAUCGCACCUUUGUUGUGGGACCCCCCAAUUCCGAUGGCAGCCGUGAUUAUGGCAUUUUUCAAAUAAACGAUAGAUAUUGGUGUCAACCGCCCAGUGGACGCUUCUCCUCAAAUGGAUGUCGUAUCAAUUGUAAUGCUUUAUUAGGUGAUGACAUUAGACCCUCAAUGAAUUGUGUCCAACAGAUAUUAAGGCAGCAGGGUUGGGGCGCCUGGUCCGUUUGGCGUUUUUGUAGUGGCAAUUUGCCCAGCGUUAAUAAUUGUUUUUAGAUUUAUGGAAUCGAACUUAUAGUUUUAAGGGAAAUAAUAAAAAAUGGCCGAUUCUU